GAAUAAUUUCUACAGCAUGUUUAUUAAGUGUGACUCAAGGCAUCUCGUUCCUACUGCUUGAGUCCUUCUUCAAUCUUAACAUCUCCCAAGCAGCUCUUAAAUUCCAAGGACACCUUUGCCAUCCUUGUUCAAAUUAUUCUGUUGGCAUUUUCAUCCUACAAAACACAGCGAUGCCUCACUUUCCAGAUGCCCCCGCGGGCGACGAGGGCGAGGUCGUCUUCCCACCGGUCACCAAGGAUCACAUUCAGAACUGCUCAUACGAUUCCUGGUUUCCCAAGUACCGAAGCUCUUGCCUAAAGUCGCGGAUUAUUCCUUUGCCUCGGUCCUUCGUCGACUACCUUCACGAGGACGGUAUCGUCUUGGCCGACGACGACGACAGGAGAGAUGAGCCAGAAGAAGAAUGGCAUUCAGCAGGGAACACGACGUUUAAGGCGCCCGCCAGGGACCCGGAAUCUUCAGAUGACGACGACGAUGAGCCCGAACCACUACCACCAAACCUGAGAUUCCCCGAGACCCACCAGAUGAUUAAGGACAAGAUUGCGGAACUCGGUGGUGCCGUGGCACCCAAGUUGAACUGGUCGUCACCAAAGGAUGCCAGGUGGAUAUCGCCUCAUCAGAACACGCUCAAGUGCACCUCUCCAAACGACAUCUACCUACUCCUCAAGUCAUCGUCUUUUGUGUCUCACGACCUCGACCACGCCUUCGACGACUGUACACCACCACCGCUUUCGCGGCCACACACCCCCAUCCUCGUUCUGCGACCAUUUUUCUCGCCGCACGUUGCCCUGGAAUUCCGUUGUUUUGUCAAGCAUCGGACACUCAUCGGCAUUACGCAGCGGGACCUCAACCAUUACGCCUUCCUGGAGGGAAUCCGACCACAGCUCUGGAAGAAGAUCAAGACCUUCUUCAAGGAAAAGUUGAGGUUUACAUUUCCUGAUGCCAGUUUUGCGUUCGAUGUUUACGUGCCCGAAAACUCAUUCGAGAAGGAUGGGUUGGGCAAAGUGAGACUCAUGGAUAUCAACCCCUGGGCGCCUCGGACGGACGGCCUGCUUUUCAGUUGGCAAGAGUUGCUGGAGAUGGAGGUCCCCAGACCUCUGUAUGGAUCUGCGAGCACCGAAGCCGGAGAAGAGGUUAGCGGCGAUGAGACGGUCACAGAGGGAGAGGACGAGGACGAUAUUGAGUAUCGACCGGAGCUGGGACCCGAGUUUCGAAUCAUCGAAAAGGACGACCCCGCAGCGUACAACUUUAGCAGCCCACUGUACUCAGCGCAUAAGCUACCCAAGGAGGUGGUUGAUGCAAGUAUGGCGGGCUCGGGAGGGUUACGAGAGUUUGCGAUGCAAUGGAAGGAGAUUACUGAAGGGCGAGGGGAUGGGAUAUGGGAAAAUGCAGGAAAUGCGACGAGGUAGACCAAGGACAGUGGAGAGGCGGAAAGUGGGGGUGAAUGGUACGAGGACGAUUAUCAAAGACGACGAUGAAGAUGAAGAUGAAGAUGAAAACGAAGAGAGAUAGAAAAAAGGAAACCAAUGCCAGCAAAUAAUUACAUGCAGACCUGCCAAGUUGCUGAACCUACCU